CUUCAUACUGUGUAGAACGCCCCAUCACUGGCAGGGUUUACGUGAUCGGUUGAUUUCUUUUGUAAAUAAAGAAAAAAAGUAAUCAAACAAAAAUAAAGUUAAAAGUUGAAAGUAAAAAAAAUAUAUAAGAAAAAAGAUAAAAUACAAUGUCUACUGCAGCUUCAGCAUUUUCCAGUUCGGAAACAGCGGCACUAGAAAGAGAGACCGAAAGGACAGAUGAGACAGAAGUAACUUUUGAACAAAUUUGGAAUGAGGAACAAAGUAAAAAUUGCAUCGAAUGGAUUCGCAAAAAUGGUUACAAAAAAGUUUGCUUACAAUUCCCUGAUAGUUAUUUAAAGCACAGCGAUGCCAUUGCCUCAAAUAUUAAGAAGGCCGUUCUGACCUCUUUGGAAGGUGACAAAGACUUUAAAGUCUUCAUAUUGGCCGAUACAUCUUAUGGUAGCUGUUGUGUGGACGAGAUUGCCGCUGCCCACGUUGACGCUGACAGUGUGGUGCACUUUGGCAAUGCUUGUCGCAGUAAAGUGUCUCGCCUGCCGGUCUACUAUUCUUUUCCACAAUUUGAAAUUGAUUUGCAAAAAUUUUAUGACUACUUGACAAUGUUUGGUCAGAGUGCUAAAGACCAAAUUGUAACAAUUUAUUUUGAUAUAGGUUAUCAUCACCUUUUCGAAAAAUGCAACGAGGAAUUAAAAAAUAUUUUAAAAAGCUUUGACUCAAAAGAAGUGAACAUUGUCUGCUAUUGUGGCAAUACAUUUGGUAAAUUAUUAGAAAGUGGCGAAAUUAUCACCAUGUUCAAUGAUUAUGACAAACAUAUCAAUGAAUUAGAUGAGACCCGUGUGUGUUUGUUUGUGGGUGGUGAUAAUCAACGAUUUUUCAAUUUAUCUCUAAGUUCGAAGGCUGCAAAAUGGUUUAUAUAUGAUGCCUCCUCUGGCAGAGGCAGUGAAAAAAAUCCCUUAACAGCCAACUAUAUACGACGUCGUUAUUAUUAUAUAGAAAAAUGCAAGGAUGCUGUAACUUUGGGGUUAAUUGUUGCCACACUUACGGCAGAUGGUUAUUUAGAUGUGGUUAAACGUUUACAACUGAUGGCAAAAUCUCGUGGCAUCAAGACGCAGAUAAUUUCAGUUGGUCGUAUUAAUCCAGCUAAAUUGGCCAAUUUCCUAGAAAUUGAUUGUUUCGUUCUGAUUGGCUGUGCAUUUAAUAACAUGUUUGAGUCUAAAGAAUUUUAUAAACCGGUAGUAUCAGUUUUUGAAGCUGAAAUGGCCUUAAAUCCUGCCUGGCACAUGCGCUAUCCUGAAUCAUAUGUUACCGAUUUCAAAGAACUCUUACCUGAGGGAAAAAGUUUUCUUGAAUUCAAUGCAAAUGAUAUAAAUCAAGAUGAUAUAAGUUUACUGACUGGACGUUUACGUAAUUGCACGAAUGGUACCAAUGGUAAUAACGUUGAAGUAUCAGCUCUGAGCGAAAAACAACAGGCCUUAGUAGCACAGCCAAGAAUGGAAGUUAUGACCACUAAUACAGGUUUAACGUUUGAAGAUCGAACUUGGCAAGGUCUAGAUCCAGCACUUGGUCAAACGGAACCAGCUAAACUGCAAAAGGGUCUUAGUGGAAUUCCAAUUAAGUACUCUCAUGAUUAAAUUAUUUGUUAAUUUCAUUGGAAAGACUUAAAAAUAACAUACGAAUAUUUUCUACAAAUUA